GUAGGUCGCUGCUCGCUAUGAAAUCAUCCUCAGUGAUGUCAUCGGCUUCGAUUUAUUACGGACCUAACAUUAUGAACCAUUUCACUUGAGGACAUAGGUUGGUUUCACUGCUGAGCAGGACAACAGUUUAUUCAAGGGAUACUAUAUUUCCAAACUUUACGCACGGACCAAUGGCUUCUCACACUCAUCAAUUUACUUGGAGACGGUAUGUGUUGACAAUUCUUAUCGUUUCUGCUGUCACGGACUCGUCAUUUGCCGUUACGCAUUAUUCAGUUCCAGAAGAAAUGGAAGAAGGCUCUGUUGUUGCCAAUUUAGCAGCUGAUUUAGGAUUAGAUGUAAAGACUCUGACUAAAAGAAAAAUGCGGAUAGAUGUGGUCGGCAAUCAAAAAUAUGUCGACAUCAACAAGGACACGGGAGAGCUGUAUAUUUUGGAAAAGAUGGACAGAGAGUUUUUGUGCCCCUUGAAGACAGCUACUUCAUGCUUUCUUAAACUAGAUGCUACGAUCGAAAACCCAAUACGAAUGUUUAAUAUUGAGGUCGAAAUCACCGACAUUAAUGAUAACGCUCCACAUUUCCGACGGGGAACAAUGCCUUUGGAUAUCUCUGAGUCGAGUUCCGUUGGAGAGCGAUUCUCGCUCAACAACGCUGUAGACCCGGAUGUUGGAACUAAUUCUGUCCAAGACUACCAUCUGAGCUCAAGUGAACAUUUCGCAAUCGAAAUUCAGACGGGGAGAGAUGGGUCAAAGUUUGCUGAUUUGAUUCUGAAAAAGGCUUUAGAUAGAGAGCAGCAGGCUGUUCAUAAUCUAAUACUCACCGCUGUAGAUGGCGGAGUUCCCACGCGCACAGGUACAGCCAACAUUGUAGUUCGCGUGCUUGAUAUAAACGACAACGCCCCUACGUUUGACAAAGAAAACAACAAAAUAUAUGUAAUGGAAAACUCUCCCAUUGGCAGUCUUGUAAUUAAACUGAACGCCAGUGAUUUAGACGAGGGAACAAAUUCGGAUAUAAUUUAUUCUUACAGUUUGUAUACAUCAGAGAAAACGCAAAACACGUUCACUCUGAAUCCAGAUAGUGGUGAAAUCAGAGUGAAAGAGAUGAUCAAUUAUGAAGAUUUCAAGAUUUAUGAUAUGGAAGUUAUUGCUACUGAUAAAGGACCAAAUGCCUUAUCUGGACAGUGUAAACUGACAAUAUUGGUGACAGAUAUGAAUGAUAAUCACCCAGAAAUUUCCAUCAAAUCAUUUCAAAGUCCUAUUAAAGAAAAUGCACCAUUAGACACAGUGAUAGCAGUGGUUAGUGUCGGUGAUAAAGAUUCAGGUGAUAAUGGAAUAGUUGAUCUUCAUAUUCCUGAUAAUAUGCCGUUCAAAAUGAGAGAAUCCUCAGAUAAUUACUUUGAGCUGAUAAUCUCAGAAUCACUGGACCGUGAGAAGGUUCCAGAAUAUGACAUCACAUUCACUGUCACAGACAGAGGUUCUCCUCUAUUGUCUGACAAUGAAACUAUGACUUUAGAGCUGCUGGAUGUUAAUGACAAUGUUCCUCAGUUCCCUCAGUCCUUCUAUACUAUACGUGUAAUGGAGAAUAAUGCCCCUGGGGCCUUGUUGAGUUCCCUCACUGCGUUUGACCCAGACCUCCAUGAAAAUCAGUAUCUAGUUUAUUUUAUUAUCGAGAAGGAGAUCGCCAACACCUCCAUGUCUAUGCUGUUCUCCAUCAAUCCAGAGAACGGUAAUCUGUACGCACUCAAGACGUUUGACUAUGAGAUGGAGAAAGAGUUUCUUUUCCACAUUGAGGCCAGAGACUCUGGUGUUCCUCCACUCAGCAGUAAUGUGACGGUCCACAUCAUUAUUGUGGACCAGAACGACAACACUCCUGUCAUUGUCUCUCCGUGGCGCGCGCACGGCUCGAUGGUGGAGGAGAAGAUCCCCAGAUCCACGGAUAAAGGCUCUCUGGUUGCCAAGGUGAUAGCCAUAGACACUGACUCGGUGCUGAACUCUCGGAUUACAUACCAGUUUCUGCAGGUGACUGAUGCCACCUUAUUCAGUCUGGACCAAUACAACGGAGAGAUCCGGACCAUGAGGAUGUUCAGUUACAGAGAUCCACGUCACCAGCGUCUGGUUGUUGUUGCCAAGGACAACGGGGAGCCGGCUCUCUCUGCCACAGUCACCAUCAAGCUGUCCACAGUGGAGACUGCUGUCAAGGCCUACUCUGACAUGACUGAGGUGCCUCUGGAAUAUGACAUCUUUUCGGACUUAAACCUGUAUUUGGUCAUUGGUCUGGGCUUGGUGUCAUUUCUGCUCUUGAUCACCAUAUUGGUCACCAUCGUGCUGAAGUGUCAGAAACCCAAGGCCAGCAAAGCGGCUCCUCCCUGUAGGAACAGUGUGAUCAGUGAGAGGAACUCAACCAUCGCAGACUCCACCCUGGUCUCCAACGAUGCCUACUGGUACAGUCUGUUUCUAGCGGAGACCAGGAAGGGAAAGCUGGUGGUUCGACAGCCUCUGCCAAAGGGCUCCAGGUACAUCGUGUCCAGUAUACCAAGGAGCACAGGGCUGACAGAGACUAGUGACUCAGCUGCUUCCACUCUUCAGGCAUCUACCACCAGCAGCAGCAGUUCCACGUAAGCCCCUGCCUCCAGCUAUUCAUUGGAAUGAUGCCACGAGUGUACCCUUGACUGAGGAAAGGAGAAACCCCCAUCCAUGAACCCCUGUGCCCCACUGCCACAUCUCUCAGUCAAUCUCAGUCUGGCUCCUGUUACUUAUAAAGUGCAGCUGUCAUGCUGUAGGACUAAAAGCCACUAUAAUGAUUCACUGGAGCCCCCUCCCCCAGCCCCACCCCUAUUCCUCACCCUGUCUCACACAAGGCUUUCUAUAAGCACAUGCAAAACCAAUCAACAUAGCCCCUCUGUCCAUCAAUACGCAUGAGAAAACUGCAUGGCUACAACCAUGGAAUUUCAUCUAAAAGAAAAAAAAAACAUUUGAGAGGAUAUGAGGAUGAGAGGACACUCAUAGAGAAGUGGACUGCAUAGAAAAUGACAUCAAUGGAUAUUCAAAUAAUCUACAACAAGGACUAAGGGAGUGGACAUGGGAAUGUUGAAAUGCCUUUAAAAGACUGUUUUUCCUCUCUAAAAAAAUCUACCUUGGUGUUUUUUUUUUAACCUCUGUGCUUGUGAUGCUCUGUGAGAGCACUGAUGUGGAAUACAUAAUUGAAUUGAGAUAAGUGAAUAAGCAAAUAGCACAAGAAUCACCUAAAUGUCAGAAAAGCAUCAACUGAGGAUUUGAAAAUGUUUGAGAAAAUGGAAUCAGUGUUUUGUAAAUGUGGUAGAUUUUAGUAGAUUUGUUUUGUAUUUGGCUUUAUGCUUUAUGGGUAGGCUAGGCCUAGAUGUGUGAGUGAGAGUCUAAAGAGAUUGAAUUCCAUUAACCAAUACAUAGGACAACAGGGAGUGAGGCCUUUAACCAUUAUGUAUCAGCCUUUCAGUUUCUUUGUCUGCAUGGAGUAUUCAAAGUGCUGUGAUAUUUUUAGGUAGCCUAUUUUAUGACAUUGAGUAGUCCAUUGUCUCAAGGUAGGCCAUGCUGUUGUGUCAUUUUCAAGACAAGAAAGAGACAACACUUUAAUGGGACCACAGUGAGGAAGUGAAGCAACACAGCACACUUGCAUGACAUGAUAAAGUCAUCAGGGUUUUCUGAGGGGGUCAGUUCUGUAACCUUUCAUCCUUUUUGCUAAUUUUAGGCAAUAGGUAUGUCUGGCAACAGUGGGACAAAUUUAUGAAUGAGACUUUAAACCUACAGUGUGUUUGAAUGUUCUGUCCUCCUGGACACUACUGUCUUGUCUGAGGAACAUAACUCCAGUUGCUAAAAGAUCUCAUUGACUGUGCCAAAUGAGUUUGAAUGAAAUGAGCACAAGAGAAAACAGUGAGUCCUUAAGAAUGGAUUGACCAAUGUCCAUGUCUAUAUCCCUCUAAUAUGACAAUGUACUUUCUCAUUUACUUUUUAAUGCCAAACUGUUGGUGCUCCUGAAUAUCAAUAUCUUCUGAGAUUAUGUAACAAGUUGAAAUCUCCGAUCGGAACACUAGAGCCAAGUAAAUGAAAUAUUUAUCGCCUUAUGUUUGCUCUACAGUAUUGAAGAAGUAUUUUGCUGAAUGGAAGUUGUGCUUACUUACAACUUAUUACUGAUUACUGUAUGUAUCUGCAUAAUUUGGAUACAGAUAUAACUGAUCUAUGGAUAUAUGUUCAUCUGUUCUAUGAAUAUGUUUUUUUUUUAUGUCAAUGCUUUAUUCUAAAAGUAAGCGAAAACAGUGGAACUGCUGUGCAAACAAAUGUACAGGCAAAGUAUCUGUAACAGUAAACAGACAUCAUGUAGCCAAAAUUUUUAGUAUUAACUCACAUUGCGUUCACUGCAUAAAGUUGUCGUGUGAUGGGCAAUCAUAUAAGAGCCUUUGUACAGUGACUUUUCUUGUGCAAUAUGUAUUAACUUGUGUAGUGUGAGCAUACUGUAUACCAUGGUGAUUUGUUAAAUAUAAACUCAUUAUAGAACAUUAUAGUUAAUGA